UAAAUGAUCUCACAAACAACAAAAUUAAAGAAAUUGAAAUGCAUUUAAUUGAGACCAGCAAUCUGACUCUUCAUUUGAAUGAAACAUUCUUAAAAGUUGCAAACAACCUUACGGCAUCAUCGAUACGCGGACUGCCGUUUUGCACGGAAACGACCAAUGAAAUAAGAAAAACAUUAAAUGAGACAAUUCAAAAUAUAUCAUCUGCAGAUGAUGAUAUAUCCCAAAACUUUAGAAACAUUAGGAGCAAAAUAAGCUUACUGGAAUCGGAUACUUUGGCACAGCAGAGUAUCAGUAUCAAUUCUCUUACCGGAGAUGUGUCGAGUUUGCAAACAUCGCUUCAGAAUAUCCAACAGUUGGCUUCAGAUCGCAGUUCAAGACUAACCGCCAUUGAAUCACAACAGAGAUCUUACAAUAUAUCAUUGAAUACUAUUUCAAAUGGUUUGAAAUCAUUUAUUAAUGUACGAAUCACUGCUGGUGGGUCUACCUACGGGAGAGUUGAAGUAUACUAUGAUGGAUCAUGGGGGACUGUUUGUGACGAUGCCUGGGACGAUAAUGAUGCACGAGUUGUUUGUAGGAUGCUAGGUCGCAGGUAG